GGAGACAGCAGGAGUUGGAGGCUGAAUUGGAGAGAGUAAGGAAGAAGCGUGCCAUAGCCCAGGUGUGUCCUUGACCCCCAUCAGGAGGUGAAGACAAGCCGGAAGGCGAGUCUGCCGGAAGUUGAGUCUGCCCGAAGUUGAGUCUGCCGGAAGUCCUCCCCAGCCAGUGUGAGGAUGGAGCGGUCCACCCAGGAGCUGUUCCUCAACUUCACCGUGGUCCUCAUCACUGUUCUCCUCAUGUGGCUCCUUGUGAGGUCCUAUCAGUACUGAGAGGCCAGGAGUUGUUCCCAGGCCUGCCUAGAUGCCCUGGGGUGCCUCCUGCCUGCCCUGAGAGCCCACAGCUGUCAUGGGCUGUCACUCUUGGCACCCCCAAGCUCCUCUGACCCACACUCACAAUGCCUGACCUAUCCCAGCACUAGGAGUGAUCAUGUGUUCAGUAAAGAUGCUGCUUGCAUGGCCUGCCUGGUGACCAGUGAACACUAGAGCUAGCCCCAACUCCUACUGCCCAUGGGUUAGACAGGCUACAAGGUCAAAGGCAAACUGGAUUCAUGAUGCUGCCACACUAGAACAGCCCCUGAUGUGUCUCACCACACUCUCUCCCCACAAUCCGCACUGCCUGUUACCAAACUCUCAUUCAACCCGCCAGAAGCAAUGCUAAAGGAAGUCUCUGUUAACUUCUCUAACUCCCAUGUCAAUAAAGUCAACUCAAC